AUGGACGACGAUAGACUGGGGUCUUUCCAACAGUGGUUACGCAAUUCAAUUGCUCAACCGUUCACGAAUCCCUACAGUUUCAACAAGAAGUCUGCCAAACUGGAGUCGAGUAGGCAAUCUUCCCGAUCGGGCUCCCGCCGUGUGGCAGAGACCCGCAGUCGCGCUAAGGAUGAUGUUAAACGUGUUAUGCAGAGCGUCGACAAAGUCCGCAAAUGGGAAAAACGAUGGCUAACAAUUGGCGAAACGACGAUGAAGGUUUAUAAAUGGGUGCCUGUCAAAAGCGACGCGACCAAACCGAAAAAAGCUGGUUCAGACGCUCAGGACAAUAAAGACAGUAAUAAUAGUCACAAGGAAAACAGCAACAGCAACGCACCGACACCAGAAGCAGAAACGCCAUCAGGAGGCGGUGCGGGCAGUGGUUCAAGUGGGGGUGGGACAGAUGACAAGGAGAACGGAAACAACAAAAAUCAGGCGGACAAAAACGCUGCUUCUUCAUUAAAGGCCAAUAAUAACGGUGUCAUCGAUGAGUCACUGACUGGGUUUUCUGAGUUCAGUCAAGACUCAGCGGAUCUUGCCGGACCCAAUGGGUCGUCUUCAUCGGCACCAAGCAGACGGCAGCAACAGCAAACGACAAUAGGUGAAGAAAAUUCGACUGACGCCCAGUUCCCGAGUGGAGAUAACAAUAACAACAACAAUAACAGCAGCAAUGAUAACAUGGAUAUAUGAAGCUCAUGGAAGCCUCCGUGCACUCCCUCACACAUAGACCAUAAUCUGCUCCAUGUAUUUCUGUGUAGAAUAAUUGUCUCUGAUGAUGAGAUGGAUGGCUUCUGAAAAAGAUCGCAGUGCGGGAUGAAAUGGAAGAAACCCCCGUCACAUGUGUAUACUUUAAACCUUUCAUCCUUUGUAAAAGGUUCAAGUGACAGAAGAAUGAUCUACGACUAAACAUAAUGCGCGGGCCAAAAACAGAGCGGGCACUAGAACCCGCCGAAACAAUCGCACACGAUAAUAUAUAAGCUAAGCCCGUUUUCUAUUGGUAAAUUUGUUACGAAAGAAGAGAAUUAGCUUUAUUCCCGCCAACAUUAAUCGCGGGUGAUUUCCGACAGUAAUAGCCCAGCCUUGUAUUAGUACCGUGGUGGAAAAGUUAGGCACCACGCGUGAGCAAGUUUUGGGGGUUUUGAUAUAUUCGAGAAAUUGAUAGGAAAUAGUAGGGUGUUUCUAGGGGGAUAGGUAUAAAUUUUAUAGCUGUCUGAUGACAAAUCGCGGGUAGAAAGUGAUUAUCGUAAAAGUGACUGCUGUGAAACUUUGGCCUGCACCUAUUUCUCGAAGGCAUCAGGUUAUAGUGUAUAGGGAAUUGUGAUUAUUAUUAACUAUGAUUGUGUUUUAGUUAAAUGGUAGCAUGACAGCCCAGCCACGGAUCUCAAAAUUAGAAUUUGUCCUGUGUAUGCCUAAGUUGCCCAGCUACAAGUGUGUGUUUGGAUUCGCAUAAGUGUAUUGAAGUAAUGAAUACAGAACGUGUGAAAAACCUAUUUUCCCUCAUAUGAUACUGAUUCUAAUUACUACUAUAUUUUGCUAAUACAGCCUCACGAGGAAGACCCUAUUUUUAUGUGACACGAAAUACAUGUAUGAGUUAUGCAGCGCGGAGCCAAGUGUGUGCUAGCAUUGUGUCUAAUUUUCUACGGGAACGUCUGUCUAUGGUACUUGUUGUAUAUACUCAUCAUGUGAAAGAAUUAAAAAUUAGUAAUUGUCAAAUAGAAAUUCGUCUAUUAUGUAGAAUUAAUUAUCAAUUGGUAAUUUUAUAAUAGCAGUUAUUAAAACUAUUAUGAUUAAUUUCUCGAUCGUAUUUAAUUAACGAGUCAUAGAAGUACUCCGUUACGAAAGGUCAUGCGUAUUUAAUCUGUAAGCGCAUGUAAAAAAAAUCGUUUUUGCUGACAAAAACACGUUGUCAGUAAAACCGAUUUUCUAAGACCGAGAUACGGAACGAACAAUUUUAGGCCUCAGCGAAAAUAUCCUGAGCGAGAUGAUUAGCAAAGUGUGAAAUGCAUGUAGACAUUCGAAAAUCGCUAGGAAAUAUAAAAAAGCUAUUGUAUAUAAAUCUAUACCUAUGGUCAUUAACGUAUUCCGCCUCGGUUUACUCUAUAUACACAUCAAAGAUAUUGUACCAUUACAGUCACUGGUUAGGUACCGUUCAUCAAGAGCGAUAUCCAGCCUAUUGUAUGAAUAAAGAUAAUAACAUUAA